CUGAACCGUUGUUACCACGGCCGUGUUGAUGGUGGUGGCGAUGAUGAUGAUGACGACGACGAUGAUGAUGAUGAUGAUGAUGAUGAUGAUGAUGAUGAUGAUGAUGAUGAUGCUGAGGAUGAUGAUGGUGAGGAUGAUGAUGAUGAUGGUGUUCGACCCAUAAACACUCCCCGCAUGUAUACACAGUGCCAGUAA